GUGAGUUAAUUUUUUUACUGCAGGCAGGUGACAGAUCGUGGUCGAUAUUGUGUUUCAGCGAUUUGGAUUUCGAUUCCAAAAACCACCAAAAUGGUUAAAGUUUGUGGCCCAAAAUUGUCCCUAUGUGGUCUCGUCAUAAGUGUGUGGGGCAUUAUACAAUUGACGCUGAUGGGCGUCUUUUACUACAUCAGAGCCGUAGCGUUGCUUGAAGAUCUUCCUAUCGAAGAAGCCACGGAGAAUAGCAACCGCACAAUUGACGAAUUCAUCGCUCAGGUUGAAAGUGGAUACACACAGAAUGCCUACAACUGCUGGAUUGCCGCUCUAUUGUAUGUUGUGACACUGGUUGUGUCCGGUCAUCAGUUCUGGAUGAACAAUCGUUCUUCUGUCAGCAUGUAAAUAAAUUGUUGGACACUCCCAAUAUCUGUCCAGCAAACUAAAAGAAAUUGGUAUCUAAUUGAAUUCAGUCAACUACUGUUGAGAUUAUUUGAUAUAGAACAGCUUGUAAUAAAAUAAUUUAAAACUAUCUCUAUUUCCAUCCAAUCUCAGAAAAGUUAACAGAAAAUUAUUUUACAUAAGCCUCUUAUUAUAAAUGAACCCUUCAGUAGUUAACUGGCUGGCUCAAUUGGAAUGCUAUGGUUUGGUUAUUGUAAUGGAUAGGUAAAAUGUUAUUUAUUAAUGAUACCAUUCCAUUUUGUAAAUUAUAUCUGUCAAAAUGUAAUCAUGAUGUAAGUAUGUUGGUACCAAAAAUUGCAUUCAAUUUAUUCACUUAUGUGUAUUGUGAAUAUGUGGUCCAGUCAUCAAAAUGUAUGUUUUUAAACAAAUUAUCGGAAAUAAAAAAUUAGGCAACCUUUGGGUUCCAUGAUUCCCUAGAAACCUUAAUAUUUUGUAAGUAUUUAACUCAAUUUAUAUGUUAACAUACAUAGGUCUAAACAAAUCCAAUUUAUAAAAAAAUAUAUAGCGGGUGGUAUUGUAUAACAUAUAAAUAAGAAAAUAUGUAUUUUUCAUUUAAGUUGAAAGUCUUAUAAAUAAUAAAUGACUGUUAUGUACAAGUUGAAUACUAAAACAAAUAUUAUAGGCCAGAGUAUUAUUUCCUUCCUAAAUUGUACAUAAUAUUUUGUAGGUUACAAUGUAUAAUGCUUAGAAUUUCUUGAAGUAAUAAAAAUAUUAAUGUUA